UCGGUUCACUGAGCUAUAUGAUCAAACUACUUUGUGACACUGCUGUUGCUGUCGGUUCUGAUCAGUAUUUGGAAUAGUGUACUAUUUUCUGUAUCUUUUUCAUUUUAAGAAAAACAUAGUAGUAGCACAAGAUGUUUUUAACACGUUCGGAGUAUGAUCGUGGAGUAAAUACCUUCUCACCAGAAGGUAGAUUGUUUCAAGUAGAGUAUGCCAUAGAAGCGAUAAAGCUUGGUUCUACUGCUAUUGGAAUUGCAACAACAGAAGGAGUUGUUUUGGUAGUAGAAAAACGAAUUACUUCUACUUUAAUGGAGCCAACAACAGUAGAAAAAAUUGUGGAAAUUGAUAAACACAUAGGAUGUGCAGCAUCUGGACUAAUGGCUGAUUCAAGAACAAUGAUUGAAAGAGCUCGACUUGAAUGUCAAAAUCAUUGGUUUAUUUAUAAUGAAAAAAUGACAGUCGAGUCAACUGCUCAAGCUGUAUCUAAUCUGGCUAUACAGUUUGGAGAUAGUGAUGAUGAUGGUUCUGCUAUGUCAAGACCAUAUGGUGUAGCAAUGUUAUUUGCUGGAAUUGAUGAAAAAGGUCCACAGUUGUAUCAUAUGGAUCCAUCUGGUACUUUUGUUCAAUUUGAUGCAAAAGCUAUAGGAUCUGGUAGUGAAGGAGCUCAACAAAAUCUGCAAGAAGUAUAUCAUAAGUCCAUGACGCUUAAAGAAGCGUUAAAAGCUGCGCUAACGAUAUUGAAGCAAGUAAUGGAAGAAAAAUUGAAUGAUACCAAUAUUGAGGUGAUGACUAUGACACCUGGACAAUUAUUUCACAUGUUUACUAAAGUGGAAUUACAGGAGUUGAUAGAUUCCGACAUGUCAAAAGAAGAUCUCUUAAGACCAACAGCCGGUAAUUCCUUCCCAACCAACAAAAUAUCCCAACCAACCACCUCCCUUAUUGGAUAAACACAAUCAAGAAACUUCCAAUGUUUCUAAAUAUAUUCCUGUAUCUUUUUAAUCUUACAUAUAUUUUUCACAUAUAUUUCUCACAUAUAUUCUUACUUAUUAUU